GAAUUCUUUGACCUGUGGCCAGUCCUGCUGGGAGAAGUUCCCCCCUACUCAGGACCUCGCACCCCGGAUGGCAGGGAAAUAGUCUUUUACAAGGUCAUUGAUUAUAUAUUACAUGGAAAGGAAGACAUUAAAGUCAUCCCAAAUCCUACCCCGGAUCACUGGGCACUAGUUACCGGACUGCCAACCUAUGUGGCUGAAAGUGGAUUUAUUUGCAACAUUAUGAAUGCUGCUGCAGAUGAGAUGUUUAACUUUCAGGAAGGUCCUCUAGAUGAAUCAGGAUGGACUGUCAAAAACGUUCUCUCCAUGCCAAUAGUCAACAAAAAGGAAGAAAUUGUUGGCGUUGUCACAUUUUAUAAUAGAAAAGAUGGGAAACCAUUUGACGAACAGGACGAGACCCUCAUGGAGUCCUUGACACAGUUCCUGGGUUGGUCUGUACUCAACACAGACACAUAUGACAAGAUGAACAAGCUGGAGAACCGGAAGGACAUUGCCCAGGAUAUGGUGCUCUACCAUGUGAAAUGUGACAAGGAUGAAAUCCAGGAAAUUCUGCCAACACGAGAAAAGCUGGGGAAGGAGCCAAGUGAGUGUGAGGAAGAGGAGCUGGCAAGCAUCCUGAAGGAAGAACUGCCGGGGCCCACCAAGUUCGAAAUCUAUGAGUUCAGGUUCUCUGAUUUUGACUGCACUGAGCUAGAGCUGGUCAAGUGUGGCAUUCAGAUGUACUAUGAGCUCGGCGUGGUGAAAAAGUUCCAGAUCCCACAGGAGGUUCUGGUAAGGUUUGUGUACUCUGUCAGCAAAGGCUACCGGAAGAUAACUUACCACAACUGGCGUCAUGGCUUCAACGUGGCACAGACCAUGUUCACACUCCUGAUGACUGGCAAACUGAAGCGUUACUACACAGACCUUGAGGCCCUUGCAAUGGUAACUGCUGCUCUGUGCCACGAUAUUGACCACAGGGGAACCAACAACCUUUACCAAAUGAAAUCUCAAAAUCCUUUAGCUAAACUUCAUGGAUCCUCGAUUUUAGAGAGACAUCACUUGGAAUUUGGAAAAUUCUUGCUCUCUGAAGAGUCGCUGAAUAUAUGUCAGAACCUCAACCGCAGACAGCAUGAGCACAUGAUUCAUCUGAUGGAAAUAGCCAUUAUAGCAACAGACCUGGCACUCUACUUCAAAAAGAGAACAAUGUUUCAAAAGAUUGUCGACGAGUCCAAGACAUAUGACAGCACGACUGCCUGGACUGAAUACCUGUCUCUGGAGACAACAAAGAAAGAGGUUGUCAUGGCCAUGAUGAUGACCGCCUGUGAUUUGUCAGCAAUCACAAAGCCUUGGGAAGUCCAGAGUAAGGUAGCACUCCUGGUAGCAGCUGAGUUCUGGGAGCAAGGAGACUUAGAAAUAAGUGUCCUUCAGCAACAGCCUAUUCCCAUGAUGGACCGGAGGAAAGCUGCUGAGCUUCCGAAGCUUCAAGUGGGUUUCAUUGACUUUGUGUGCACAUUUGUCUAUAAGGAAUUUUCCCGUUUCCAUGAGGAAAUUCAGCCUAUGCUUGAUGGGCUGCUGAACAACAGAAAUGAGUGGAAGACUCGUGCUGAUGAGUAUGAUGCAAAAAUGAAAGCUCUGGAGGAAGAGAAGAAAAAAGAGGAAGAGAAGAUGGCUGCAAAGAAAGAUGGAAUAACCUGUAACGGAGGAACAGCUCCAGCUUCCAAAACCUGUAGCAUACUUUAG